AUGGCGGCCCUUGCCCGCCUGUUGGAGAGUCUCCUCUGGCCAGCCCGCAAGGAAGAGGCGGUGGCGGCGGCGGAGGAGGAGGGGCGCUGGGCUCCCAACGGGCCUAGGCUCCUCCUGGACGCGCCGCGAUGCUCUCAGCGGCCGCACGGGGGUGCGGCAGCGUCUUGGGGCCUACGCUUCGGGGCGAGCUCAGCGCAGGGUUGGCGCGCGCAUAUGGAGGACGCGCACUGCGCUUGGCUCGCGUUACCCGGGCUGCCCCCAGGCUGGGCUUUCUUUGCAGUCCUCGACGGCCACGGCGGGACGCGAGCAGCCCUCUUUGGCGCGCGCCACCUGCCGGGCCACGUGCUGGAGGCGUUGGGCCCGGCGCCUGGCGAGCCCGAGGGCGUGUGCAGGGCACUCCGCCGCGCCUUCCUGAGCGCAGACUCUCGCCUGCGCUCGCUCUGGCCCCGGGGCGAGCCGGGCGGCUCCACCGCGGUGGCGUUGCUCGUCUCCCCGCGCUUUCUGUACCUGGCACACUGCGGUGACUCUCGCGCGGUGCUGAGCCGCGCGGGAGCUGUGGCCUUCAGCACCCAGGACCAUCGACCCCUCCGGCCCCGGGAACGAGAGCGUAUCCAUGACGCGGGCGGCACCAUCUGCCGCCGGCGCCUCGAGGGCUCUCUGGCCGUGUCGCGAGCACUGGGAGACUUUGCCUACAAAGAGACUCCGGGAAGGCCCCCUGAGCUGCAGCUUGUUUCCGCGGAGCCUGAGGUGACCUCCCUGGCACGGCGGGCCGAGGACGAGUUCAUGCUCCUGGCCUCCGACGGUGUGUGGGACGCGAUGUCUGGUGCUGCCCUGGUGGGACUGGUGGCAUCACGCCUCUGCUUGGGCCUGGCCCCAGAGCUUCUCUGCGCGCAGCUGUUGGACACGUGCCUGUGCAAGGGCAGCCUGGACAACAUGACCUGCAUCCUGGUCUGCUUCCCGGGGGCCCCCAGGCCUUGUGAGGAGGCCAUCAGGAAGGAGCUAGCACUGGAUGCAGCCCUGGGCCGCAGGGUCGCCGAGCUGUGUUCCUCUACCCAGGAGUCCCCCAGCCUGAACAAGGUUUUCAGGAUUCUGGCCUCUGAGGACAUCCCAGAUUUACCUCCUGGGGGAGGGCUCUACUGCAAGGCCGCUGUCAUCGCUGAAGCUUAUUCGCAGCUCUUCCAGGCCUCAGGGGAGCGCUGGGAGAAAGUGCAGAGUGGGGCUGGGAAGGUCACUAGCACCCAUUCAAGCUCUGCCUUGGACUUCCAGGCCUGA